UUUCACCUGGCAGAUUGAAGGCUGUUGGCAUCAGUUGUAAGUCCAGCAUUGGCUCCACCCCUUCCUGUAGUCAUCCUGUCAAAGACAUGGGAAAGCUUAGCGAGGUGCAUCCUGGAAACUAUGUCUUCUACGAUGCCAUGCAGUCCAUUAUUGGAUCUUGUAGUCUGGAUGAUGUGGCUGUGAGGGUUUUGACGAGAGUCAUUGGACAUUGUCCUCACAGAAACCAGCUCCUGAUCGACUGUGGAUGGGCUGGAAUCAGUUUGGACGGAGCUGGAAAACUUCCCACUGGAUAUGCUGUGAUCGAAGGGCAUCCAAACCUUAAGUUGUUGUCUAUGACUCAAGAGCACGGGAGAGUGGAGCCCAUCUCAGGUCCACUGGACUACAGCAAAUACCCCAUUGGCUCUCUGCUCACCUUGAUCCCUUACCACUCAUGUGCGACAGCCAUGAUGCACCCUGUGUACCACGUGCACUCUGAGGGUUGCCUGCUGGGGAAGUGGACGCCAACCCGUGGCUGGUGAACAUCUAUCCAGCUGCGCAUUUAAAGCAGCUUCAGUUGAUUUGAUAUGAAGAGAGAAAACAUAUCGUAUUGUUCUUAGUAUAUAGAUAUGUGCUAAAAGAAGAACUUGUGAACUAAUUUUGGGUAUAGAAGUAGUAGACCUGUUCACUGCAUGCUGACUCUAAAAAGGUGACAGAAUUACUGGGGGUGAAGACAAAUUGAUUUUAACUUCUAACUAAAUAAAUUGGUAAUUAACAUUUUCUGUGAUUCUACUGUUUAUUUUUGUAUCAGUGUUAUUCUACAAAGAAACUAUGUGACUCUUAACACAAGGAACUUCUGAAUGUUCAAAUUAGCUAAUUUGAUGUGGUUCAGUUGGAAUUCUUUGAUAUUAAACUCUGUAAGUAAAGAUAAUUAUUAGAGUUUUAGUGACUGCAUAGAAUUUGACACUUUAGGCAUAUGUGAUUUAUUAAAAAAAGAAUUUGUGUGUGCAUCUCAAAAUUUAAACACAAUGUAUUAAUUUAAAAUUGCACAUUAUUGUAAAAAAUAAAUGUAUAGCAUACAAGACACUGUAUCUGAUUGUUUAAUAGAU